AGGAAAGAUGACCUUCUACGAUGACAUUUACCCUUUCUACCCCCUACCAAGAACCUCCUUUAUCUUCAGCACCCACCUCCUCACCAUUAUCCUGGUCUUCCUGGUCCUCACGGUCAGCUUCCUUCUUAUUCUGCCAGGUAUCAGAGGCAAGUCGAGACUGUUCUGGAUGUUCAGAAUCAUCGUCAGUUUCUUCAUAGGUGUGGUCAUCGUAGCACUGAAUUUCACCAGUGACUGGGCUGAGGCCCGAACCACCACUAACGCUACCUACAAGUCCUUCAGCAGUGAGGAGGUGAACGCUGAGGUGGGCCUGCAUGUUGGACUGUACGGCAUCAACAUUACUUUAAGAGGGAAUCCUGUGAAUCAACUGAACGAGACCAUCAACUACAACGAGAUGUUUGAGUGGAGAGAAACCAUCGAUGAGGAGUACGAGGAUGCCCUAGAGAGAGGUCUACCUAACCCCAUCCUCUAUAUCGCUGAGAAGUUUACCCUCAACAACCCCUGUGGUCUCAUCUACCAGUACAGAUACUCUGGGCGCUACGCCUCGGCCACUCUCUGGACAGCGUUCUGCUGCUGGCUGGUAGCCAACGUGCUGUUCUCCAUGCCUGUCAUCCUGUACGCCGGCUACAUGAUGGUGGCCACCGCCGCUUUCAUCUUCUUCUCCAUGGCCUCCUUCUCCACCAUCAUGAACCUGCCUACCUGUCUGUUCACCAUAGGCACCUCUGCCUUCCAGACAGAGUACAGCGGUUCUUUCUGGCUGGCGCUGGCCACAGGUGUCCUGUGUCUGGUCAUCGGAAUCCUGGUGGUUCUGCUGGACUGUCUGAUCCCUGAGAAGAUACGAGAGGCCUUCAGCGUCGGGGUGGACAACGACGAAGAUGAAGAUGUUUAUUUUGGAGAGGGAUACCUGAACUCCAACUUCCUGGCAAGCGUAACCACCACACCUUUGACAACCUUAGUACUUCCUACGGAUGAAAUUCAGAAAGACAGCCACCAACCAUCACUCCAGGAGCUGUCAAUCGCAAUGUAA